AGCUGUUAAAAUGGAAUGGUCCGGGUCGCAAAGGAUCAUGGUUAUACCCAUGGACAUACCCCUGUUAGUGUAAUUGCGUCAGUUAAUGCUGCAAGGAUAGAGUUGCUGCAAGUUUCUUUGGUGACAGCACAUGGUAGCAGACCAGACAGCUUGAAAAUGAAGACUAUUUCGGUUGCUUUUGUAGUUUGUUUGCUGUUUUUACAUCAGUGUGAAGUUGAUGCUAAAAUCUGGGCCUUGCUUGUUGCUGGCUCAAACGGAUGGUACAAUUACAGGCAUCAGGCUGAUAUUUGUCACGCAUAUCAAAUAUUGCACAAGCAUGGAGUUCCCGAUGAAAACAUAGUUGUCAUGAUGUAUGAUGACUUGGCUGAAAAUUAUGAGAACCCCACAAAAGGAAUCAUCAUCAACCAGCCAAAUGGACCUGAUGUUUACAAGGGAGUACCAAAAGAUUACACUGGCCAUGAUGUUACUCCAGCAAACUUCCUCAAUAUCCUUAAAGGAAAUAAAGAAGCCAUGAGUGGUAUUGGAAGUGGAAAAGUUAUUGAAAGUGGCCCUGACGAUUAUGUCUUUGUUAAUUUUGCUGAUCAUGGAGCUCCUGGAUUGAUUGCUUUUCCUAAUGGAGAGUUGCACGCUGGUAAGCUUCAUGACGCAAUUUUAUACAUGAACGAAACUAAGAAAUACAAGCAGAUGGUGUUUUACAUCGAAGCUUGCGAAUCUGGCUCCAUGUUUGACCAAACCUUGCCACACAAUAUCAAAGUUUUUGCAACAACAGCAUCUGAUGCUCGCCAUUCCUCGUAUGCUUGCUACUGGGAUAAAAAGAGGCAGACAUAUCUUGGUGACGUAUAUAGUGUUCAGUGGAUGCAAGAUUCUGACAAGGAAGAUCUCACCGUCGAAACUUUGCAAGAGCAAUAUGAAAUAGUGAGAAAGAAAACCAAUACAAGCCACGUCAUGGAGUUUGGAGACAUGACGAUGAAAGAUGAAGUGGUUGGUCUUUUCCAAGGAGGAAAGAAGUCAAAUGUGUCUGCCGGCGCCCCUCCAAAACCAAUAACUGAUGCCGUACCAUCUCCAGAUGUCCCACUAAUGAUUCUCUACAAAUCAUUAGAACUUGCUAAAACAAAGGUAGAAUACAGACAAAUCCAAGCAAAAAUUGCAAUGGAAGAAAGUACUAGGUCAUUGAUCCGAGUUGCUUCCAAGUCCAUUGUUGGUAAACUGAUACCAGAAGAGACAAAAAGACUCGAGAUUCUGUCAUCCCCGGCCAAAAUCCUUGAUCGCCGCUGCUACGAAGAGGCAGUCAAGUAUUACAAAAAGCACUGCUUUGACUUCAGCAAGUAUGAACAUGCCCUGCGUCACAUCUAUGUGCUGUCAAACCUUUGCGACCACGGAGUCCAUAUCGAUCAGUUGAAGAAGACAGUGAAACAUGUGUGCCAGGUCAUGAAAAUUCAGUGAGCUACAACUUCUCUUUCUGCUGGUAGAAAGUAUUAGAUGCUGUUUUUGUUUUCUGUAGAGCCUGAUUUGACGCUGGUAAUAAACCUGUGAUUGACUUAUUGAUUCAAUACUUAGUUAAUUCUACUUUACACUCCUCAUCAAUAUAUUUCUUGAUUCUAUUUGAUUACAUUGCAUUUUGAUCUUUUGCCAGAAAACCACUUAAAAGAGUCCUUAAGCCAUAGAAAACAGUCUUAUUAUUUCCAUUGGUUAACUUCCGAAUGCAUAAAUUUGCCUUCUUUGGAGUCUAAUGUAGUCAUAUAUUGGAUUUUUUUAUACUGAUAUUGGUUCACUCUUGUCGUAAUUCUCGUAAGAAUCGAGGAUAUCGGGGACAAAAGCUUUCUGAAUAUAAUUGGAUUUUAUUUGACAAGGAAAUGUCAACAAUUGUCGCUAAAUGCGAAAAUUCUUGCGAUAAUUGCGACAAGAAUGAACCCGUCGUAAAUAGCGUCGGAGAUCGCUAUUUUUGAAAAGUUUUUUUGUAUGCAUCAACCGCUCAAAGCUAAAGUCAUUAAAAUCACGAAGCAUUUGUAUCUUUUCGUCAAUUGACAGUUGAUUCUAAUUUUGUGGCUGCCUUAGCUUUUUGCUGAGAGUUUUUUUCGAUGAUAAACAUAAUAAUUAGAAAACAUAAAUUACGCAUUUAGAUCUAUAUUAAUUAUACAUUUUGCAGAGAA